CGGAUGCAGUUUCUUAUUGUUUCCGGUGUUGCGUUUGUUUGGCAGCAUGGCGUCAGGGAAGUUAGCUGUUUGGCCAGAAAUUGAAAAGGCAGAAAAGGAAAACAGGCGAGAGCUGGUUCUUCAAGGCGCAGCAGUCGAUGAAAGGAUAAAGUCAAGCGGUGGGAUUCAUCCGAGACUUUAUUCACUGAACCUCCUCAAUUACCUGGAAAUCAGUCAGUGUCCGAGUCUGCAUGAGAUCCAGGAAAAUAUUCAAAACUUGUCUCACUUGCAGAGUCUCAUCCUGUGCAGAAACAAGAUCUCAUCGGUGCCCAAAAAUAUAGGAGAGCUAAAAUCGCUGAAAGUCUUGGAUCUGUCAGUAAACGAGUUAGAGGCUUUACCGGAGGAUAUCUGGUCGCUGAGUGAGCUCACCACGCUGAAUGUGAGCUGUAACCGCAUCUCGGCUCUUCCGGACGGAUUAAGCCGCUGCACCAAACUCUCCAGCAUCAACGUGGGGAAAAAUGUGCUGGUGUGUCUUCCGGAAGACUUGUUCUCAUCCAAACUGGAGCUGCUUAACACUGUCAUAGCGUCGGAAAACACAAUCGAGCAAUUAAGCAGUGAUAUCCACAACCUACCCGCCCUUAAGGUGUUGGACCUUUCCAGCAACAAGCUCAGUGAAAUCCCAUUUGAGCUGGCUGACUGCCCCAAGCUGAAAGACAUAAACUUCAAAGGAAACAAGCUGAAGGACAAGCGGCUGGAGAAGAUGGUGAACGGUUGCCAGACUAAGUCGGUGCUGGAAUACCUGAGAGUGGGGGGCCGAGGGAAAGGAAAGAGCAAGCAGCUGGAUGCAGAUGGUGCUGAACAGUGUGACAAGAAUCGGAAUGCGUCCAAAAAGAAGAAUGCUGCUAAACAGAAGGAUAAAAAGGAGGAAGAUGCAGUGGAUGAGUUGCAGAAAAUGGUUGUUAAAAUCCUUCAUGUGUCUGAUUCCCCCUCUGCUAUAAUGGUAAAAGUGUCUCCUCAGGUGAAGGAUGUGCGGCCAUAUAUAGUGUGCUGCGUUGUUAAAGGCAUGAAUCUGAAACCAGGGAAUGCACUGAAGAGGUUUUUGGCAGCUCAGACCAAACUUCAUGAUGACAUUUGUGGCAGAAGGACAACAGCUACUAUCGCAACUCAUGACCUGAGCUCACUCAAAGCUCCCCUGCAGUAUGAUGCCACACCUCCUGAUGUUCUGAGGAUAGUUCCUCUCGGCCGUAAGGAGAUGAAGGCUGGUGACCUACUAAGAAUGCUCCAGCAAGAGGCAGACGAACAGAGGAAGCAGAAAAGACGGCAGAACGUGUCAGGCCUUCACAAAUAUCUUCAGCUGUUGGAUGGGAAAGAUCUUUUCCCUUGUCUGGUUGAUGCUGAUGGUCAUGUGAUUUCAUUCCCUCCAAUCACAAACAGUGACAGAACAAAGAUAAAAAAGACCACACGUGAGCUUUUUCUAGAGGUCACGAGCUCAACGAGUUUACAGACCUGCAAGGAUGUCAUGGACACGCUCAUUAUAAAAAUGGCGGAGCUGAAUAAGUUUACCUUUGACAAUAGAGAGGAGACCUGUUCAGAUGACGAGACAGCCUCUCACCCAGCAACAGACGGUUUGGCCUCAGCUGAGUUGAGCGUGGUGCAGGUGAAGGUGGUGGACAUGGAGGGCAAUCUGAAGGUCUUGUAUCCCUCCAAAACUGACCUGAAUUCUGAUGUCAGCCAUCUGACCAUCAUCCGUUAACCAGCUUCAGCAGUGAAGCCAUUAAUAACUAGUAACUGUAUAAUGAAGCCCAAGUGUCAAUAUAUAUUCUGUAACUUGUCAGUAACUUUCAUACUCAGUUUUCAAACAAUAAUUUUGGUCAAAUGCAAAAGUUUACUGGGUGGAAAUAGUUAACAGUUAAAUAAUAAUUAAUAAUUAAACACUGUUACUAUAACAAAAAAAUAAUUCCAAGAUGACAUUUUAUCUGAAGAAAAAAAACAAAAAAACAUUUUUUUUUACGUUUUGCCAAAAGGGCAGCAUGGUGGCAUUACCAGCCUACAACUUGUCUGAUCAUUGUCUGAUCCGGCACUCAUGUUUCUGACUGUAAAGUUUCUGAGCAUGCGUAUGGGUUUCCUGGUUUUCUCCCACCUCUCAAAAAGAAGUCAGUGGAUUGUCUAGGAUGUGUAGUAUGCAUGUGCAUGGUGCUCUCAGAUGGACUCAACAUAAUCAACAUAAAGUAUUUACUGAAAGUGAAGGAAAUUGCCAUGCACCUGUCUGUCUCCAGACAUGAUUUAAAGGAGGACACCAUACACGGUUAAAACAGAUGUUCAGAGGGUCAAAUGUGGUUUUAUAAACCUGCUCAAGUUAUUAGAGUAUAUCUGUAUCAAAUUAGGAAAGGAAAUCCCAAUUUUUUAUUUGAAUUUGAAAUUGAGGAUUUGUUAAACCUGAAACUAAAUAGCUGCUAUAAAGCUUUACUUUUUAUUUAUAAUGUGGAUGGCCUUUGCACUUGACUUUAUAACAUUUUCCCCCAAAAGAAUAACAAAAAACCAAGAACAUCAUUUGUACUUAAUUUCCAUUGCUUAAAAAAUGGCUUAUCCUGUUUAUCAAAAAUAGAAUAAAGCCACAGCUAUGUGUAUGUUUGAAACACUCAAUACAGCACAUAUAAUCACUAAAUAAAUUGACUUGAAAUCUA